AACCCGCUUCUGCUCUCAAGGAGCUUGGUGUCUUGGUGUUUGGAAUUGGAACAAGUAGCUCUGAUAGCAGAGAGUUACAGAAGAUAUCCUAUGACCCCAGUUAUGCUCUCUCCGUGUCUGAAUUUACUGACCUUCGCAACAUCCAACAGCAGCUUCUUUCUGCCAUGAACACUGCCAUUAUACAGGACACAACCAUGACACCAACACUAAUACCAACAAUACUAGUUGAGAGUCAGGCUCCCAGGAGGGAUGUUGUGUUCUUGCUGGAUGGAUCUGAUGGCACUAGGAGUGGAUUCCCAGCCAUGCGUGACUUUGUUCAAAGAGUGGUGGAGACACUCAGUGUGGAUGAGAACAAAGAUCGCGUUGCGGUGGUCCAGUACAGUAGAGAUCCAGCCGCCCAAUUCUAUCUGAACACAUACACAACAAAGGGAGAGAUUCUCAACACUGUAAGAGGUCUGAGACACAAAGGCGGGAGACCUCUCAACACUGGAGCAGCUCUCCAGUACGUGAGGGACAAUGUCUUUACUGCCUCCUCCGGAAGCAGACGCUUGGAAGGCGUUCCACAGCUACUGAUUCUGUUGAGUGGUGGAAGGUCCGUUGACAAUGUUGACACGCCAGCCUCUGCUCUGAAGGAGCUUGGGGUUUUGGUCUUUGGAAUUGGAACAAGGAGCUCUGAUAGCAGAGAAUUGCAGAGGAUAUCACAUGAUCCCAGUUACGCUCUGUCUGUCUCAGACUUUACUGACCUUCCGAGCAUCCAGCAGCAACUUCUGUCCUCGGUGGAGGCAGUGGUUAUUGAUGUUACUCCAGAAUCACCAACAGUUUUAGUUGAUCAUGACACCGCCAGAAAGGAUGUGGUAUUCCUUCUGGAUGGUUCUGAUGGCACAAGGAAUGGAUUCCCAGCAAUGCGUGAUUUUGUUCAGAGAGUAGUAGAGAAACUCAAUGUGGGAGGAGACAAAGACCGCGUUUCUGUGGUCCAGUACGGUAGAGAUCAAGAAGUUAAUUUCUAUCUGAACACAUACACCACGAAGGGCGACAUUCUUGACAUCGUCAGAGGUCUGAGGCACAGAGGAGGUAGACCCCUCAACACUGGGGCAGCCCUCCAGUAUGUAAGGGACAACGUCUUUACUGCCUCCUCAGGAAGCAGAAGCCAAGAUGGUGUCCUCAGAUGCUGAUACUGCUGAGUGGCGGGAGGUCCAAUGAUAAUGUUGAUAUACCAGUUUCUGCCCUCAAAGAGAGUGGGGUCUUGAUCUUUGGCAUUGGAAACAGAAAUUCUAGCAAAGAGGUUCAAAGGAUUGCCUCUGACCCCAGUUAUUCCCAGUCUGUUUCUGAAUUCUCUGAUCUCCCCAGCGUCCAGGAUAAGUUUUUCCUCACUCAUUACUGUACACGUUGGCGCAACAUCCAUUUCCCCAACAGUCAUAGUGGACCUAAGCGUCGCCAGAAAGGAUGUAUUAUUCUUGCUGGAUGGUUCUGAUGGCACUAGGAAUGGCUUCCCAGAAAUGCGUGACUUUGUUCAAAGAGUAGUGGAGAAACUCACUGUAGGGGAGAACAGAGAUCGAGUCUCUGUGGUACAGUAUAGCAGAGAACCAGAGGUCCACUUCUAUCUGAACACUUACACAAGAAAAGAAGAGGUUGUUGACACCGUAAGAGGGCUGAAGCACAAAGGAGGGAGACCCCUCAACACUGGAGCAGCUCUCCAGUAUGUCAGGGACUACGUCUUUACUGACUCCUCUGGAAGUAGGCGCCUUGAAAGUGUUCCACAGAUUCUGAUACUGCUAAAUGGGGGAAGGUCCUAUGACAAUGUAGAUAAACCCUCUUCUGCUCUCAAGGAGCUUGGUGUCUUGGUGUUUGGAAUUGGAACAAGUAGCUCUGAUAGCAGAGAGUUACAGAAGAUAUCCUAUGACCCCAGUUAUGCUCUCUCCGUGUCUGAAUUUACUGACCUUCGCAACAUCCAACAGCAGCUUCUUUCUGCCAUGAACACUGCCAUUAUACAGGACACAACCAUGACACCAACACUAAUACCAACAAUACUAGUUGAGAGUCAGGCUCCCAGGAGGGAUGUUGUGUUCUUGCUGGAUGGAUCUGAUGGCACUAGGAGUGGAUUCCCAGCCAUGCGUGACUUUGUUCAAAGAGUGGUGGAGACACUCAGUGUGGAUGAGAACAAAGAUCGCGUUGCGGUGGUCCAGUACAGUAGAGAUCCAGCCGCCCAAUUCUAUCUGAACACAUACACAACAAAGGGAGAGAUUCUCAACACUGUAAGAGGUCUGAGACACAAAGGCGGGAGACCUCUCAACACUGGAGCAGCUCUCCAGUACGUGAGGGACAAUGUCUUUACUGCCUCCUCCGGAAGCAGACGCUUGGAAGGCGUUCCACAGCUACUGAUUCUGUUGAGUGGUGGAAGGUCCGUUGACAAUGUUGACACGCCAGCCUCUGCUCUGAAGGAGCUUGGGGUUUUGGUCUUUGGAAUUGGAACAAGGAGCUCUGAUAGCAGAGAAUUGCAGAGGAUAUCACAUGAUCCCAGUUACGCUCUGUCUGUCUCAGACUUUACUGACCUUCCGAGCAUCCAGCAGCAACUUCUGUCCUCGGUGGAGGCAGUGGUUAUUGAUGUUACUCCAGAAUCACCAACAGUUUUAGUUGAUCAUGACACCGCCAGAAAGGAUGUGGUAUUCCUUCUGGAUGGUUCUGAUGGCACAAGGAAUGGAUUCCCAGCAAUGCGUGAUUUUGUUCAGAGAGUAGUAGAGAAACUCAAUGUGGGAGGAGACAAAGACCGCGUUUCUGUGGUCCAGUACGGUAGAGAUCAAGAAGUUAAUUUCUAUCUGAACACAUACACCACGAAGGGCGACAUUCUUGACAUCGUCAGAGGUCUGAGGCACAGAGGAGGUAGACCCCUCAACACUGGGGCAGCCCUCCAGUAUGUAAGGGACAACGUCUUUACUGCCUCCUCAGGAAGCAGAAGCCAAGAUGGUGUCCCUCAGAUGCUGAUACUGCUGAGUGGCGGGAGGUCCAAUGAUAAUGUUGAUAUACCAGUUUCUGCCCUCAAAGAGAGUGGGGUCUUGAUCUUUGGCAUUGGAAACAGAAAUUCUAGCAAAGAGGUUCAAAGGAUUGCCUCUGACCCCAGUUAUUCCCAGUCUGUUUCUGAAUUCUCUGAUCUCCCCAGCGUCCAGGAUAAGUUUUCUCCUCACUCAUUACUGUACACGUUGGCGCAACACCCAUUUCCCCAACAGUCAUAG